AUGUCUCAAAGGGGUCAUGUAGACGAAACAGACAUUGUCAUACAGCCUAAACUCAUUGAUAUCAAUACGGAAACCUAUUGGGAGCUGGUUGAUCGGUUGUAUGCCCAAUGUGAACGGGCGAUGGACAAUGGACACAUCGAAGAAGAUAGAACAGCAAGCUUUGAAGAGUUCUUUCCGAAACUCAUCCAAUUGCAAGUACCAAUCCACGACGGAACAGCUUUGGAAGAUUUAAUUAAAUUAUUCUAUGUCACACAAAUAUCACUGGAAAUCAUGAUGGACAAAGAAAAAUCAGCAGAAGAAGAAAUUGUUGAUUUGGAAAAGAACUUUAAAAAAGUUCAGAAAGAUCUAGAAAAUGAAAUUAGGAAUCACCAAACAACAAAAACAUUGCACGAACAAAAUUCAAUGACAACUACAAAUUUAGAAAAAAGCUUAAAAGAAUCCAAGGACACGAUAAAACGUCUCCAGAGUGAAAUUCAAGAGCUAACCACUCAAAACAAGGAUCUUGACACAAGAUUAAAAAACGACAUGGAUCAAAAUUUAAAAAGUAAAAAAGGAAUUGAGAGAGCUCAAGAAGAAAGACAGAAUCUCCUGUACGAAAUUAAAUCUCUCGACGAAAAACUUCGAAAUACAGUGAAACUUAACGAAAAAAAGUCGAAAGAAGCGGAAGAAUUAACUACAAAAAUUGCAGAAUAUGAGAGAGACCUUCAAGAAAGUAAAAUAUUGACACGAGAAAUGAGUAAAACGACUAAAAAAUUGGAGGAAGAAAUCGCAAUACUCACUGGAACAAUAAUGGAAUUGGAAAAAGAAAAACAAUCAAUCACAACUACAGCCCAAAAAUCCUUAAAGCAACUUGAAGAACAGAAUGAAAACAAAUAUUCUGAACUGACGGACCUUCAACAAAUUGUGUCUCAUCUCGAAGUCGAGCUUAACCAAGAACGAGAAAACUCUGAGAAGCUUCAAACAAUAAUCUCAGAAACAACAUCUAGGAUAAGUGACAUGGAAGAUAAAAUUUAUCAAAAAGAGCAAUUAAUUUUCAAUCUCGAGAAUGAAGUUGAUCAACUUAGACAAGAAAAUCACAACUUAACACAGAGUAAUAUUGUUGUUGGAGACAAUGAGUCUUCAGAGAAUCAUCAACAGAUUACAAAAAUUACUAUUGAACAAGAAAAGCUCACCAAUUUACAAAACCAAAUUGAAAAACUUACACAAUCAUUAGAGAACACCUUGGCAGAGAGUAUAUCAAAAUCAAAAACCAUUGAACAAAUAACAAAAUCCAUCUCGGAUCGAGAGAAUGAACUUGCUAUGGUAAAAGCGAAGCUUCAUGAAUAUGAGAAAGGAGUCAAUGGGCUUGAUGAGGCCCUCAAAGAGAUUAGAUAUCUACGCGAGCAAAUAUUGCUUCGUGACAAAGAUAUUGAAGAAUACAAGGUAAAAUUAACCCUGUACUAUACUGGUCUCCAAGAGUUCGAAGAUGAAAAUAAGUAUCUACGAAACAAGCUUGGUAUACCGAUGAAGGAAGAUUUAAAGAAAUAUCUAACUAGAAAAUUAACAGAUGCGUUUACACAAGCAACCCCACAACAAGUGACAACAACAGGUCGCAUGAUACAAACAGAUGACGUUGUGCCCCCAGUGAAAGAAGUUAUAAAAGAGGUUGUAAAAUAUAUAGACAGACAAGUCCCCAUUUCAGUACAAAUUGACAAAGCAGACCGGAUCAUUCAGUGCAACAUUGAAAUUCCCUCAAGGCCUACAUCAAGCAAAUCCAUUCCAAAAAUUACAAGGGAAGAAUGUGAAGCUCAGACAGAUGUGACACUAAAGAAACACAGUCAGUCCCAAACAAUGACAGUUGCCGAUAACUCUCAAGAAGUAAUAGACGACCUCAACCAAAAAAUCAAGGUAUUGGAAGCGCAACUUUCAUUCAAGCCGCAUACUCAAGACAAUGCAUGUCAGACCAUAAAAUUACCCAAACCUCCAAAAAUCAAUCAUGAAGCUCUGGAAUUAAGAAACCAAAUGAAAGAACGAGACGAGCAAUACAAAAUAAUUAUAAGCAAGCUCAAGGAAAAUAUUGAGACAAUACAGCUCAGCAAUCAAGCGCUGUUAGAUGAGGCAACAAGAGUUCAGACAUAUUACCAAAACGAGAAUUUAAUCCUCAAGAAUACUGUUGAUGUGAUAAAAAAAGAAUCAGAAAAACGAAUGGUUAUCAUGAACGAAGAAAUACAAAAAGCGAAUGAGGAAAUCUCUAGACUGCAGUCAAUUCUGAAAAGCGAGAUCAAUGAGAAAAACGUUAUUGACAAAGACAAGAAAGUCAGAGAUACGGAACUGACAGAAUUACAAAACAUGCUCAAUGAAAGAGAAGGUCAAAUUAACAAAGCUUUCCACAUGAUCGAAGGAUUUAAAAGCACCAUUAAGCUUCUCGAGAGGGAUUUGGAAGAAAAAAUUGAACAUUCCGAAGAACUAAAACGAGUAAAUCUGAAAUUGGAGAAGAGGUGCAAAUACACAGAAGCCAAGCUAAAAGAAGCCACAGACAAACUAGAUACAAUUGCUGACAACUCGAGGUUACUUUUAGAAAAAGAAGCUGUGAUUGAAAAUUUAAAGUUGGACCAGCAGCAAUUGAUACAUGAGCAUGAGGUAGAUUUAGAAUCUAUCAACAGAUUUUCAGAAAACAUGAAACAUACAAUUGAAAACUUGAAUGAAAUAUUAGAACAAAAGGAGGCCACCAUUCAUGAAUAUGAAAACAAAAUUAACCAAAUCAGAGAAGAACACAUGAGAGACAAGUACGAAGCUCAACAGGAGAUACUGAGAUUGCAAAAACGAAUCAACAAUGACAACAAUAAUGUACUCACUAACCUUAAAAUGAAUAUUGACAAGAUUGAAAAUCAGGGUGAACCUGAGACACCACACGAAGCUGGCGUCCGCAUUGAGGAAGUGGAAGAAAUGAUCUCUGCCAAAACAAGCGAAAUGAAAACUCUCAACGACAAGAUCUCCAAGUUAGAAUCCCAACUACGAGAAAAGGAUGAGAUAUUGCAUGAAGCAAUGAAAUCCUUUGACACAAUGAAAACAAAGUUUGAUAAGGAAGUUGAAGAAUACAAACAAACUAUUCAAGAUAUUCAAGUAGAACUAUUCAGGUCAAAAGAAGAAGGUCAGAAAUUAAAACGACAGCUUUCAGAACAUGCUUUGAAAAAACAGAUUGCAAUUCAACAACAAAAAUUCGAAAAAUUGGCCAAACAAAAGGAGCAACUAGAGAACACAGUCCAAAAAUUAACAUCGAAUCUUUUGAAAGCAGAAGAAAAAAUAGCCGCCAUUGAAUUGCACAAAACCAAUGUCGACAAGUAUGAAAUUGAGCAGCUGCGCAAAAAAGAAGAAAAGCUAAAAGAAAAAAUUGAAGAUCAAAUGAGGAAUAGCGUCAAUUUAGAUACUCACAAAAUGCUUAUAAGUGAGAACCAAAGACUGAAGAGCAAGAUUGAGGAGCUCUCUAAAAAGGAUGACGUGAUCUUCAAAGACAAACAGGAAUCGUUAAAAAAAAUUGAGGAACUCACAGCCGAACUUAAUGAAGUUAAAAAGAUACGACAAGAAAAAUCCAAUAAGAUUGUGGACCUUCAGAAAGAAAUUCAAGAUCAUGUGAGGGCAAAGAAGAAACUGAGAAGCGAUAUUGAAAAGCUACAAAAGGAGAACGAAGAACUUCAGAAAGCAAAACAAAUGCACAUAGAAGAAAAGAAAGGCCAUUCUCAACAAAUCACAAAGGCGUUAAAGAAAUAUAACGAUUUACAAGAGGAAAGAGACAAAAUCAAACAAGAAGUGACGAAUUUGAAGAAGGAAUUGGCGGAAAUGGAAAAUCAAAAAGAUAUUGAAAAGAGGCACGCUGUUGAAAAAACAAGGGUGGAAUAUCAAAAACAAAUUCACGCCAACAAUGAAGAAAUCAAUGAAAUUAAGAAAGAAAAAGAAAAGCUUCUGAGUGAAAUUGAAUCUCUAAAAAUUGAAAACUCAGAGCUUAAGAACUUUACCUUCUCCAAGCGGGACUCUUUGCAAGCACAAAAAGAGUCAUCAAAGAAAGAGCCAGGCCUUAACUCCAAGCUUGAAAAACUACAACAAGAAAAUAGCAUUCUUCAACAUCAACUGGAUGAUCUAAGAAAGGAAAAUGACGAUCUCAAGCAAACGAAAUUAAUUGUCGACUCUGCUACCAAGUCCACAAAUCAAACAAGAAAUGAUCAAUUAAAAAGGCUGACCAAGGAACUUGAGCAAGCCAACGAAGAGAGAGACGCUUUGAAGAAAGAGGUGGAAGAAGCCAAGCUAGAAUUGGAAGAAUUGAAAAGUUCAGCCAAACUGAAAUCUCAACAAUACUUUGAAAAGAAGCAGCAAGACUUGUCCUUAAAUUUGACAAAAGCUAUCCGAGAAAAGGAGGAAGUCAUCAAGGAAAAGAACAGAUUAUUACAAGAAGUUAAAGAGUUACGAAAGGAAAAUGAAGAGCUUAAAGGCGAGUUGAGCGCUUUUGAUCCCGAAUUCUUUGAAGAAAUUGAGGAUUUGAAAUACAAUUAUGUUCAAUCAUUGGAGCAAAUCAAACAGCUGAAGAAGAGAUUGCAAGAUUUGGAUGAGUAG